UCGGCACCACCGAGUGCAGCGCCAGCCUCCUGGUUUCCUCUGCGGCUCAGAGUCACAACAAACACGGCGGCUCUCUGACCCGCUGCCCGCUGCCGACACCUGGAGCAAAGUGCUCGGCUGUCUGUCUGUCUGUCUGUCUGAGCUUUAAAGAGCAGAUGAAGCCGAGCCUUCCGGGGUGACGAGCGGUGCUAGCUAGCUAACGUUUAUGAGAAAGUGAACGGGACGCGCUAGCCGCAUCCGCUCAACUUGGAGAGACUGGAGGCUCGACCAGCCGGCAACAAGUCACAGAUCCGUGCAGAUGAUGUAGUCCUGUCACCGUGUUUGCCCGCCCAUCUAACCACCUGCUGGGGAGGACAUUCAGUCCAUCCUCAGGCCAAAACCAUGGAUGAGGACACUCCGACCCUGAAGCCCAGACGGAUCCAGAAUCAGAACGUGGUCCACCGUCUGGAGAGGCGCAGGAUCUGCUCCGGCCGGGCCGGGGCGCACUGGUACAGAGUUCGCUGCUUCCACCAAAACCUGUUCCCCAACUUCACGGUGGUCAACGUGGAGAAGCCGCCCUGCUUCCUCAGGAAGUUCUCUCCAGACGGACGCUGCUUCAUCGCCUUCUCCUCUGACCAGACCUCUCUGGAGAUCUAUGAGUAUCAAGGCUGCCAGGCGGCUCAGGACCUGCUGAGAGGGCAGGAGGGCGAAACCCUUUCCACAGCCAAUGACCAGCGCUCCCUCAACAUCCGCGGCCGCCUGUUUGAGCGUUUCUUCUCCCUGCUGCACGUCACUAACGUGGCCUCCAACGGGGAGCACCUAAACCGGGAGUGCAGCCUCUUCACAGACGACUGCCGCUACGUCAUUGUUGGCUCGGCGGUCUACGUCCCCGAGGAGCCGCCGCCAUAUUUCUUUGAGGUUUACCGGAACAACGAGUCUGUGACUCCGAACCCUCGGUCUCCUCUUGAGGACUAUUCCUUGCACAUCAUCGACCUCCAUACGGGCCGGCUGUGCGACACCAGGUCCUUCAAGUGUGACAAGAUCAUCCUGUCCCACAACCAGGGCCUCUACCUGUACAGGAACAUCCUGGCUGUGCUGUCCGUCCAGCAGCAGACCAUACACGUCUUUCAGGUGACUCCUGAGGGGACGUUUCUGGACGUGAGGACCAUCGGGCGGUUCUGUUACGAGGACGACCUCCUGACUCUGUCGGCCGUUUACACAGAAGCUCAGGCCGAGGGUCAGCCUGGCUUCCCACGCCUCUACACCGACAAAACCAUCAACUCCCUCAAACACAGACUGCUGGUGUACCUGUGGAGGAGGGCCGAGCAGGACGGCAGCGCCACCGCCAAGAGGAGGUUCUUCCAGUUCUUCGACCAGCUCAGGAGGCUGAGGAUGUGGAAGAUGCAGCUGUUGGAUGAGCAUCACCUCUUUAUUAAAUAUACCAGUGAGGACGUGGUCACACUCAGAGUCACCGACCCUUCACAGCCGUCGUUCUUCGUCGUGUACAACAUGGUGUCUACAGAGGUGCUGGCCGUCUUUGAGAACACCUCGGACCAGCUGCUGGAGCUGUUUGAGAACUUCUGCGACUUGUUCAGGAACGCCACGCUGCACAGCCAGGCGGUCCAGUUCCCCUGCUCUGCCUCCUCUAACAACUACGCUCGGCAGGUCCAGAGAAGGUUCAAGGACACCAUAGUGAACGCCAAGUACGGCGGUCACACCGAGGCGGUGCGCCGGCUGCUGGGUCAGCUGCCGAUCAGCGCUCAGUCGUACAGCAGCAGCCCGUACCUCGACCUCUCGCUCUUCAGCUACGACGACAAGUGGGUGUCAGUGAUGGAGAGGCCCAAGACCUGCGGGGACCACCCCAUUAGGUUUUAUGCGAGGGACUCAGGCCUGCUGAAGUUUAAGAUCCAGGCGGGCCUGUUGGGUCGGCCGGUGAACCACGCCGUGCGGCGCCUGGUUGCCUUCACUUUCCACCCCUUUGAACCAUUCGCCAUCUCUGUCCAGCGCACUAACGCCGAGUACGUGGUCAACUUCCACAUGAGGCAUGUGUGUGUGUGAGAAGAGAAAGAGUGUGUGUGUGUGUGUGUGUGUGUGUGCGCGCACAAGGAUAAUGACAGACUGUACUUUGAGAGCAGGUGCUCACAGAAUGGUAACUGUUGGGCCCCGGUAACCAGCUAUUGAUUGCAAAACCACAAACAGCACCUCCAUGGAGAGGCACCUCACAGCCUCUCCAUCGUUUCACUUCUCCUCUUCCGCCUGAGGGAAAUCAGCGGCGACUCGCACCUUCACCCUUGGAGGAAACUGUUCCUCUCUGCUUUCAAACAGCGAGCUCCCUGUCUUCACUUUACCUCCCCUUCAGCUGGAAGGCGGCAGUCCCGCCUUCUCCUUUCACCUCCUCCACUUUCCCUUUCUUCCUCACAACAAAGGGGAACCUGUAGGGAGGAGAUGCUGGUGCAGGUCUAAAUCGAGCGGUACAGAAGGUGAUUGUGACAUGGAGGUGGGAUUUCUUGGUAGUCAGAGAUUUUAUUUUUUUAAACCUACACUAAGUGAUUUCAGAACCUAUUACCAAUCCUGAAACUGAGCUCUGCUUGAGACUUUUGUACCCCUAUUUAUAUAAACCAAGUGGCUAGAGCUAACCAUUUUGCUGUUUUUCACCUCUUUUCUCACUUUGUUGUCUAAUUGCAGCCUGGAAUGGAGCUCCACCCACUGGUUCCCCUCCAGUAUAAAACCGGUGCUAUUCCCCUCCCUCUUCACCCCCUCGCCUCCUCGGCUUCGGUCAAAGCGUCUCUGAGACUUCACGUUCUGCAGAGAAAUGUGUCCAAAUUUCAGAUUAGCAGCAUGAGUGACUUUGUUGCUGCAGUCAGCUCUGCAGUGACAGCAAAAGUCAUCAAAAGAAGUUGUUUACGUUGUUGCUCAAAGUCUGCAGCUUCACCAAAUUUUCAAAUCAAGGUCAGAGACUAAAUAAUCCAAGUCAUCCAAAAAGAGCCUUGUGAGGGUGAGAUGUAUCUCUCACUUCCAGCUCAAACGCUCAUUUUUUUCACCUUAAAGUUUGUGUAGAAACAAAUGGAGUUUGAGCUCUCAACAGCCUUUAGUGGUCAGAAAUCGCUUAGUGCAGCUUUAAUCCCAAAUUCCACUGAAAGCUGCUUCGUUUGGGUCGUGGCUCGCAGCCAGUUGUAGAAAAAUCCAUCCAUUUUCUGAGAGGGAGUGGGAGAAGGGUAAUUUGAUAUUGUAUUCUUUUUUUUUACGCAUUUUUACAUAUUAUUGGAUGUUUAUAUUUUAUGUCAAUAAAAUGGUCUAAAUCUUC